GACCGGGGAAAGUUGUUUCCGGAACUUGUCAGUGCGAUUCUCAUCAUUCCAAACUCAAGUCUUGUUCUGUGUUCGCUUCAAACAUGUCUUGUGCGACUUUGUCCUCUGUUUGCUUUUCUUUGUGACACGUUUGUUGUCCCGAAGAUGUCCUUCUGAAGGAGCUGUCUGGCGAAUUAAGGAUGAGCUCCAAGACAGAAGACACAACAGAAGGCCGCCUUCAGGCCCAACUAGGCGAGUGGCGGGCGCAGGUGGAACACUGGAAGGGUGUGGUCACCGUUUGUGAACUGAGCAAACGGGAGGAACUGGCAGAGCUGCAGAAACAAUAUGAUCAAGAGAUCCAGUCUCUCCAGGAGGCCCUCAGAGAGAUGGCGUCGCAGUACGAGUCCAGGAUGGCUGCUCUGCUGGAGGGCAGGAGAGCCAGUCAGGGAAGUGUAAGGAAGGGCAAGAUGGAGGCGGAGGUGACGUCACCAGACAGGUUACCAGAAGACCCCCAACAGGCGGCGCAGAAUAACACGGAAGGGUACUUUUCACUGCGGAACUGCGACUCGGCCUCCUUGUCGUCCUUCUCCAUAGACACGCCUUCCUUGCCCAGGAAGGUCCACGCCCAGGAAGAUACGGACUCUCUGGUCUCCACGGGCACUCUGGUGCCAGAAGCCAUCUACCUGCCGCCCGCCGGCCACAGGCUGGUGACUCACAACGAUUGGGAUGUCCUCAACGCUCAGGUGUCGGAGUUGAGAGGACAGGUGAGUCGUCUGGAGGCUGACAAGGAGGAGCUGGAGAAAGAACUAGAAACACAGACCACGCACACACACAAACAGGUAUCGCUGCUGCAGUCUCAGGUCCAAUCAUCAGAGGCCCUUCUUCAGGAUUUACAGAAAUCUCUCAGCCAAUCACAGAGCGCAGUACAGAGUCGACUGUCGGAGCUGUGUGUGUCCCAGAGAAAGGUGUGCAGUGAUCUGUCCAGACUGAAGGGAGAGAAGGUUGAAGAAGACUCCAGUGUGUUCCUCCCGUCAUCCUUACAGGCAACACACUGUGAGGAACGUCUCCGCAUCCAGAUCGUCAACCUGAGGGAACACCUUGACAUGCGGGCAGAGGAGAACGAAGUUCUACAAGCACAGCUGUCCACUCUGAAGACAGAGGCAGAGAGGAUCCAAGACCAGAAGGAGAAAAUCCAGGCUGAGCUGCUGGCCUGUCGCACCGAACUGGACGCCCUGCGCUUGGCGCUCUCUCACCUGCAGGCCAACAGCAAAGUGCUGAGUAACGAGAAAGUGGUCCUACAGCAGCAGAGUCUGGAGCUGCGCAGCCAAGUGAUCAGCCUGCGCUCUCAGGUGGACACCAGCCAAACGGUCCAGAGAGACUUUGUGCAGCUCUCGCAAUCCCUGCAGGUCAAACUGGAGUUAAUCAGGCAAGCAGAAUCUUUGGAGAAAGUCACAGAAAUCCUGGAGGAGAGAAUCCGUGUCGCUGAUCCGCCGCCUGCAGAUGUCUCCUGACUGCUGGUCGGCACAAGUAAACAACAGACUUUUAAAGAGACACACACACUUUUAUUUUCUAAUAAACAGACUUUUAAAGAGACACACACUCCUAUUUUCUAGUAAACAGACUUUUAAAGAGGCACACACUUUUAUUUUCUAUUAAACAGACUUUUAAAGAGACACACACUAUUACUUUCUAGUAAACACACACUUUUUUUGUUCUAGUAAACAAGCACACUUUUAAAGAGACACACACACUAUUACUUUCUAUUAAACACACACACUUUUAAAGAGACACACACACUAUUACUUUCUAGUAAACACACACACUUUUAAAGAGACACACACUAAUACUUUCUAGUAAACACACAUUUUUACACAGACACACACACUUUUAUUCUUCUAGUAAACAAACACACUUUUAAAGAGACACACACACUUUUAUUGUUCCAGUAAACACACUUUUAAAGAGACACACUUUUAUUAUUCUAGUAAACACACACACUUUUAAAGAGACACACACUUUUAUUGUUCUAGUAAACACACACUUUUAAAGAGACACACACACUUUUAUUGUUCUAGUAAUCACACACACUUUUAAAGAGACACACACUUUUAUUGUUCUAGUAAACACACACACACUUUAAAAGAGACACACACUUUUAUUGUUCUAGUAAACAUACAGACUUUUAAAGAGACACACACUUUUAUUGUUCUAGUAAACACACACACUUUUAAAAAGACACACACUUUUAUUGUUCUAGUAAACACACACUUUUAUUUUUCUGGUAAACACACAGACUUUUAAAAAUACACAGACACUAUUUUCCUAGUAAACACACACUGUUAAAGAGACACACAGUUUUAUUUUUGUAGUAAGCACACACUUUUAAAGACACACACACUAUUAUUUCCUAGUAAACACACACUUUUAAAGAGACACGCACACUUUUAUUGUUCUAGUAAACACACACACUUUUAAAGAGACACACAAACUAUUAUUUUCUAGUAAACACACACACUUUUAAAAAGACACGCACACUUGUAUUGUUCUAGUAAACACAGAGACUUUUAAAGACACACACACUUUUAUUUUUCUAGUAAACACAAACACUUUUAAGAAUACACAGACACUAUUUUUCUAGUAAACACACUUUUAAAGAGACACAUUUUUAUUUUUGUAGUGAACACACUUUUAAAGAGACACACACUUUUAUUGUUCUAGUAAACACACACUUUUAAAGAGACACACACUUAUUGUUCUAGUAAACACACACUUUUAUUGUUCUAGUAAACACACACUUUUAAAGAGACACACAAACUAUUAUUUUCUAGUAAACACACACACUUUUAAAAAGACACACACACUUAUAAUGUUCCAGUAAACACACACACUUUUAAAAAGACACACACACACACUUACAAUGUUCUAGUAAACACACAGACUUUUAAAGAGACACACACUUGUUCCUGAGGGAACUCUCCUGAAGGACUCAAUAAAGUACUAUUUAUCUAUCUAUCUAUCUACACACACUUUUAAAGAGACACACACACUUGUAUUGUUCUAGUAAACACACACACUUUUAAAGUGACACACACUUUUAUUGUUCUAGUAAACACACAGACUUUUAAAGAGACUGUUACUUUCCUCCAUGAAGGUGAUUGUGUGUAAUUAUUGUGAUGUUUUGGGACCAAGGUGAAAAGUCAUAAAUGUCUUAUGAAGGACAGUCAGUCACUAGAUGGAACAUGAAGAUAAAAUUAAACAUAUUUAGGAGGACAGUCAGUCACUAGAUGGAUAAUGAAGAUAAAAACAAACAUAUUUUUCCACCUGAACAUGUGAACUUUGAACCCUGAGGUGGGAAAUGUUCUUUCAACUUGGACGUUUGUUUUCAGAGGCUAAUGAAUAUCUGGUCUGCAUAAAAAGUCUGUCCUGCAUGUGUGGCAUUAUGGGUAACUAUUAUUUGUGAAAGCACUAAUUUUAGUAGUAUUAUUUAAAUGUUGGGCCCUAUUCUUCCUUCUAUUGGUCUUCUCCCAUCAGCCCUGUGGACACGUCCAUCAUCAGGCUAAAGUGGUGAGGGACUUUCAUGACGUCUAUUUGCUUGACACUGAAAAAGAUGAGACUUGACAUUUGAAAAGUCAAUCCAGGCAAUGCUGUGGUGUGUGUAUGCACGCUACAACAGCUUCUUCUUCCUGGCUGGAUGGUGUGUGUGUAUGCACGCUACAACAGCUUCUUAUUCCUGGCUGGAUGGUGUGUGUGUAUGCACGCUACAACAGCUUCUUCUUCCUGGCUGGAUGGUGUGUGUGUAUGCACGCUACAACAGCUUCUUCUUCCUGACUGGAUGGUGUGUGUGUAUGCAUGCUACAACAGCUUCUUCUUCCUGGCUGGAUGAUGUGUGUGUGUACACGCUACAACAGCUUCUUCUUCCUGGCUGGAUGGUGUGUGUGUGUAUGCAGGCUACAACAGCUUCUUCUUCCUGGCUGGAUGGUGUGUGUGUGUAUGCACGCUACAACAGCUUCUUCUUCCUGGCUGGAUGGUGUGUGUGUAUGCACGCUACAACAGCUUCUUCUUCCUGACUGGAUGGUGUGUGUAUGCAUGCUACAACAGCUUCUUCUUCCUGGCUGGAUGAUGUGUGUGUGUACACGCUACAACAGCUUCUUCUUCCUGGCUGGAUGGUGUGUGUGUGUAUGCACGCUACAACAGCUUCUUCUUCCUGGCUGGAUGUGACAUUUGAUCUACUUGUGAUGACAACCACUCUCAUAUCACGUUAAGACUUGUUCAGUACACAAGUUAGUCAACACCGUCAAAAAUGUAAUGGAAACAACUUCUAGACGCCACAUUAUGUAUCCUAAAUCCUGGACUAUAAACCGCUGAUUUUUUCCUACGCUUUGAACCCUGCAGCUUAUAAAGGUGCAGCUAAUUUAUGGAUUGUUCUUCGCUGACGGCCAUAAUGCCAGUAGCCUUUUAGAAAAAACAAGCAAAUACGCUGAAAGGUGUGUUAUUGUUUGUGAUGUGGCGCCAUCUUUUGGACGAGUUCGCUCACUGCAAAUGCUGCAGUGUCACUCCAUUUAGUUCCUUCAACCUUAAAUACAAUUGCCAUUCCGUCUUUUAGCCGUUCAUAGCAUUACUAGUCGUAUGGAUUCUUCAUUCAUCAGUCCAAGCAACGUUUCUGAGUGUUUCCAUGCAUAUUUGUAUGUGCAUGUACUAUUGUUAUGUAAUCAAGCUAGUAUCGUUAGCAUUAGUUAAUAUGUGGGUCUGUGUUAGUAUUAUUAACUUACCAUGGCAUUCUAUUUUUUUUAUUGUUCCUGUUUUACAAAUUCCUCAGUAAAUUCAUCAAAACGUCACUGUUGAGUUAUGGAGUCUGUUUAGCUGAUUGGAGAGCUAGCUUGCGCAUGUAGUAGGUCCAUGACGAUGAGUUCUGUUUUGUUUGAUCAUCCGUUUUAAUGCCGUGUUACAGACACCAUGUGGAAACAAUUCAUGUAAAAAGACAUUUACAAAAUAUUGCUGUGUAAAUAACUCAUUUCACAACGUGUAUACCUGCGACUUAUAGUCCAGUGCGGCUAAUAUAUGGAAAAAGUCUUCUAAAAUGUAGUGGGUAUGGCUUAUAGCCUAUAGUACGUAAAAUACGGUGUGUAUUUCCUUUGAAAUAGUCACGUACUUCAAGGUGCCUCAAAGGUCUGUUAGUACCAGAAUGUUCUAACGCGGCUUCCUUCUGCUGCAUUUAUAUUUUUAGUAAUUAAUACAGAGUGGCAUUAUGGUUCUUUGAUCUCAAUUGAUGUUUGCAGGUGUCUGAAAAAGAAGACAUUAGAUGGUUUUAUUAAGUGUGGUGUACACCUUUCCAAACUUCAAGUGCAAUAUAUUGUUUGACCUGCCGGGGUCGCCAAAGUACUUGAUGGAUGAGGGAGGGACAUUUAAGCACACGGAAGAAUGGGGCCCACUUCUAGGAAACCAGUCAAUAUUUGUCACCGCCACGCCACAAAAGACGUGAUGGCGUCCAUCUUGUCAUGCUAUGUUUAAAGUGUGUGUAGCAAGUCUUCCUUGGUAAGACACAAAGUGAUGAAGUGACACCACACAACGUCUCUGAAGUCAUCUUCCAACUUGAUAUACACACAAUGACAUUUGUGCUAGCAUCAAUGUGGAACACUUGUCUUGUGUUUGUGCUCCAGUCUGUCAAUAUACGCACGUCUAAUCUGAUCACGUCAUCUUUAUUUUUGAUAACACUAUUGUAUAAGACCAGACUUGUUUCUUUCUCACUUCUUUGAAAUGUUAUUAAAAGGGAUCAUUAUAAGCACAUCUAAUACGCAAUCAUCUUCAUUUUUGAUCACACUAAGACAAGACUUGUUUCUUUCUCACUUCCUGAAAUGUUUCAGUAAUAACUUGAAGCACAGACCAAACAUUAAUAAACUUUAUU